AUGUUAAAAUAUUUAUCUCUUCCUCCUCAUCCAUUAUAUCAAGGAGGAAUCGAAAAAGAUUGUCACUUAUUUGAUAUUUGGAAAGAAAGAUUAAAUAAUUUAAUACCUUUAGAUUAUUAUUGGAUGCAACAUCAAAAUCGAGAUAAAUAUUGGCGUCAUGGAAGUAUAUGUGAAGAUUAUUCGAAGAUUUCAUGUCCAGUUUUAUUAAUUGGAGGAUUUUCGGAUCUUUAUAAUUCAUCUAUUUUUCGUUUAAUUAAUCAGUUGGAAUGUCCAAAACGAGCUAUUUUAGGUCCAUGGGGACAUCAAUGGCCAGAUGAUGCUUAUCCUGGACCACAAAUUGGUUUCUUACAAGAACUAGUUCAAUGGCUUGAUUAUUAUAUAAAAGGUAUUGAUAAUGGUUAUGGUAACAAACAAAUUUUAUCUGUAUUUCAAUUACAUCCCAAUAUUGAUGAACUACAUUCCAUUGUAAAAGAAAGAAAAGGAAAAUGGAUACAUUUUAAUUCACUUCCAUCUUAUCCAUAUGAACAUUUUCAAAGAAAUGAUCAUUUAAUUUAUAAAAAUCAACAAAUUGAUACAAAACAAAUUCAAUAUUAUUUAUCUUUUCAACUUUGUCAUUCUAUAUGGACGUCGUUUACGUAUAGAAUCUCUCCUCAAGAGACAGGUUUAUCAAGUGGAAAUUUACUUGGAUUGGGAUUUAUUGACAAACCUGAUCACCCAACAGAUCAACGAGAAGAUGAUGGAAGAUCAUUAUGUUUUGAGUCUCUUCCAUUACAUCAUGAUUAUGAAUUGUUUGGAUUUCCAUUUGUUAAACUUAAUUUAAGUUCGAAUAGUAAAAAUGGUUUAAUAUGUGUCCGUCUUUGUAUGAUUGAGGAAAAAAGUUCAUCAUCAAUUCUUAUUUCACGUGGAAUUCUUAAUUUAACACAUUAUAAAUCACAUGAACAUCCUCAACAACUAAAUGUUGAUGAAAUCUACAAUGUUGAAGUAACAUUAUCUGGUGUUUGCGUAUGCUUACCAACUGGUUGUCGUCUUCGUUUAUCUUUAUCAACAUCAUAUUGGCCAAUUGUAUGGCCUUCAUCACAAUUAUCAACAUUGACGAUUCAUUUUAAUGAAAUAUCACCAUGUAUUCUUACGUUACCUUGUUUAAAUGGCCAAUAUUUGACAAGUGAUGAUCUUGGUUUUCCUGAAAUUUGUCAAGGAAUUCCAAUAAAACAGUUACGAGAUAGUUCAAUCAAUCGUUUUAGAAUGUUAGAUGAAAUCAAUGAAUUAAUAACAUUAAAAAUUAAUGAAGAUGAUGGUUCUAUUGAGUAUCCUGAUGGUUUAAUAUGGGAUGAAACAUCAGAAAGUAUUUAUGAAAUUAAAAAAAAUGAUCCUCAAUCAGCAAGAAUAGAAAUAAAAAGAUAUAUAAAAUAUUAUUUUCAAGAUCAAUCAUCAAUUAAAGUUGAUAUACAAACAAAAUCCAUUAUGUUUAGUCAACAAUCACCAUCAACAUUUCAAAUAAUACAUCAAUUAAAUAUUCAUAAUAAGGAUCAAUUAUUUUUUAAGAAUGAUUGGAAUUUAACAUUUCCUAGAAUUUGCAACUAA